GGUCCAGCUAAAUGAGACGAGACCCAGUCUACUGCUUCAGCCCAAUCGGCUGUGUGUUCAUUCAUUUGAAUAGCAUAUCAGAGCAGGUCGUACAAAGUAAAAGCACCUCCUGUUUAUUAUACAAGCGAUGACUGUGAAUAGGAGUUUUGUACAUGAGGCGUCUCAUCAGAUCAUUGCAGGCGGAUCAGCAGGUUUGGUGGAGAUAUGUCUGAUGCACCCGCUGGAUGUUGUGAAGACCAGGUUCCAAAUUCAGCGAGGAAUUGGUGACCCAAACAGCUAUAAAGGCCUGGGGGACUGUUUCAGAACCAUAUUUCACAAAGAGGGAAUGUAUGGGUUUUACAAGGGAAUCCUGCCACCAAUACUAGCCGAGACGCCAAAGAGAGCGGUUAAGUUUUUCACCUUUGAGCAAUACAAGAAUCUGCUUAGUUAUACAACGUUAUCCCAGGGCCUGGCUCUCUCCCUGGCUGGGCUUGGCUCAGGUUUAACAGAAGCUCUGGUGGUUAAUCCAUUUGAAGUAGUUAAAGUGAACCUUCAGGCCAACAGAAAUUCCUUCAAAGUGCAGCCAUCCACCUUCAGCCAGGCUCGAAUGAUUAUUAAUUCAGAUGGCUUUGGUCUGCGUGGGCUAAAUAAGGGCCUGACCUCCACCUUGGGACGCCACGGCAUCUUCAACAUGAUCUACUUUGGCUUUUACUUCAACGUUAAAGACAACCUUCCUGCCAGCAAGGAUCCUCGUCUGGAGUUUAUGAGAAAGUUUACUAUAGGUUUGAUGUCAGGAACUAUCUCAUCCUGUGUGAACAUCCCCUUUGACGUGGCUAAGAGCCGUAUCCAGGGUCCUCAGCCAGUCCCAGGGGAGAUAAAGUACAGGAGCUGUUUCCAGACCAUGACUCUGGUGUACCGUGAAGAAGGAUGUCUUGCAUUGUACAAAGGACUAAUUCCCAAGAUCAUGAGACUUGGACCAGGAGGUGCUGUCAUGCUGCUAGUGUAUGAGUAUGUCUCCGGCUGGCUACAAAGAAACUGGUGAUAAACGCUGUCAAGCAGCAGUCAGAUUUCACUCUGUAGGUCACAAAUUUAUCAAAAUUAUGACAAUGUGUUCUAAGAUAACAAACAAAUAAAUAAAUGGCUUAAUAGAAAUUACUUAGAUUUUGUAGCUCAUUAAUUCUCAUACCUCAUUCUGCUCUCACUGAUUUUGAGAGAAGUUUUAAAAUUCCUUUUUGAGGUAUUUUCACCUGUGAUCCUCAGAUGUCAUGGGACGUUGUACACUAGUACUGUAACCACAGUUGUGCUUCACACCCAAACAAAAACUGCAGUCUUUUACACUCACCACUACCAGGAAAUGGGAUCAGAUUCAGCUUACUUUAAAACAAGUUUAAGACUCUUGUGUCUUUCUAUUGGAAGCUUAUUUGCUCUCUGAUGGAACAGCACCAAAGAAUUCUUUUAGCUUCAAAAUACGUUCUGAUACAUACGGGUGGAGUGACUUAUGUCAAUAUGUUAGUGACGAUGCAGUAUUUAGCAAUUUAACAGGUCAAUACUAGUUUCUAUGUAUUAAGGCACUUCUUGUGAAAUAUGGAUGAGGCAAAAAGUGUCGUAUUUUCUUUGACCAUGAUUGCUUGUAAUUUUUAAGGAAAUUUCAGUCAUUUUCACUUUUUUUGUGAUAUGUAGCAUUUACAUUGAUCUUAAUGUGUGAUGAACUUGGAAGCAAUGAUUUGCAUAUUGAAUUCAAUGUAUUUAUUGAAUAUUACAGUUGAAAUGUUUGCAUUUGUGAAUGUAGGACACUAUUUUUAAUUAUGUUUAAAACUCCAUCAUAGAUCAAUUGCAAAUAAAUCAAAUGUGAGAGUCCUAUUAUUAUUCCAAGUUUGCUUAGUGAACACAAAAAAUGAAUGAAAUUUAGAAGUAAUAGGGAGAAGUUUUCACUGUAAAACAUUUAAAAAUAGUUUUAUCCUACAUGAAAAAAUCCUUUCAUCUUUCAAAACUUGAGUUUAAUAUCCAAAACUUGUUUGACCAUUAAAGUUAAUGAGAAGAACGUUCACAUAACUAAAUCAGGCUGUCAUUUUUUACAGUGAUUUUAAACAAUUUGUGAUGAAAUGUACAGAAGAGUACUGAUAUAUAUUGUCAAGCACCUGAUUGGCUUCAGCCACAAUGCCAUUUAGCUCCUCUGUCUUUUUUCCUUUUAGAAUGAGUGUGUAUGUGGAACUUUAUCAUGCCAAUACUAGUAAUCGUUCAUUUGGGGAUUUUUUGGGGACUUUCGUCCUUUCCAUCUCCUCUCAGAAACUUUGUUGCUGAUACUUUGUGGAUGCCUGUCAGCCAUCACAGCUGUUGCAGCUAAGAACAAGCUGUCUGUCAGCUCCUCUAGCCUGCAGGCUGAUGCAGCAUAACUCAGCUCAAGUUAAAAUAACAAAACCGUGAAAUUCACAUAUGUUGACAAAUGAAUGGACAAACUCUUUUGCUCUGUCCAACUUUGCUCUCCACCUACUCAGUGUUUUUUUGCACUUCAGGUGGCUAGGACACACUUACUAAGUCCUCAGGUCUCUCUUUGUUUCGUGUAGCACCAUGGUCUUGGAUAAAUGUCUCAUUUCACUGUGUACUGCAACAGCUAAACAUGGUUGAAAUUACAAUAAAAGCUUCUUGACUCUUGA